CGGGGACACCGGCACCGACAGGGACACCGGCACCGCCGCGAUGGUGAAGCCGCGGUACAAGGGCCGCUGCUCCAUCAACCCCUCCCGCGCCAGCACCAACCCCGAUCGAAUCGGGGGCGCGGGGGGGAACAACAUGCGGGACCGAGCGACCAUCCGGCGCCUCAACAUGUACCGGCAGAAGGAGCGCAGGAACAAACAUGGCAAAGUGAUCAAACCUCUGCAGUUUCAGUCCACCGUGGCACCAGGCACAGUGGCGAGGGUGGAGCCAAAUAUCAAAUGGUUUGGGAAUACUCGUGUGAUCAAGCAGUCGUCCCUCCAGAAGUUCCAGGAGGAGAUGGAGACGGUGAUGAAGGAUCCUUACAGGGUGGUCAUGAAGCAAAGGAAGCUGCCCAUGUCCCUGUUCCAUGAUCGGAUCAAGCCACACACCUCCAGGGUUCACAUUCUUGACACGGAAACAUUUGAAACAACGUUUGGCCCCAAAUCACAGAGGAAAAGACCAACGCUGUCUGCAAGUGAUGUGCAGGCUCUGGUGGAGAAUGCUGAGGCUUCCUCAGAGUCCUAUGACCAGGACAAGGACCGAGACCUGGUGACAGAGGACACUGGUGUAAGGGAUGAAGCACAAGAGGAAAUCUUUAAGAAAGGACAGUCCAGAAGAAUCUGGGGUGAGCUCUACAAGGUGAUCGACUCGUCAGAUGUUGUUGUUCAGGUUCUUGAUGCCAGGGAUCCCAUGGGCACUCGCUCCCCUCAUGUGGAAUCUUAUCUGAAAAAGGAGAAACACUGGAAACAUCUCAUUUUUGUCCUGAACAAAUGUGAUCUCGUUCCUACCUGGGCUACUAAGCGUUGGGUUGCUGUCCUUUCCCAGGAGUAUCCAACACUGGCUUUCCACGCCAGCCUCACAAACCCUUUUGGCAAAGGUGCUUUCAUACAGCUUCUAAGGCAGUUUGGAAAGGUACAGAACAAUUCUGGGGAUCUCUGUGGUUGGGGUGGGGGAGUUAGUGUGUGGUGUUUUGCUUUGUUAGGGUUUGGGGCUCAGUGCUGCAGUGGUGUACAAGGAUGUGUUAUUUCUCACCAGUUACACUCUGACAAGAAGCAGAUCAGCGUGGGGUUCAUUGGUUACCCCAAUGUUGGCAAGAGCUCAGUGAUCAAUACCCUACGAUCCAAGAAGGUCUGCAAUGUGGCCCCCAUUGCAGGGGAAACAAAGGUGUGGCAGUACAUCACCCUGAUGCGGCGCAUCUUCCUCAUCGACUGCCCCGGGGUGGUUUAUCCGUCGGGAGACACGGAGACAGACAUCGUGCUGAAGGGAGUGGUUCAAGUUGAAAAGAUUAAGAGCCCCGAAGACCAUAUUAGUGCUGUGCUGGAAAGGGCCAAAGCAGAGUACAUCAGGAAGACAUACAAAAUUGAUUCCUGGAAGGAUACAGAAGACUUCCUUGAGAAACUUGCUGCUAGGACUGGAAAACUGCUAAAGGGUGGUGAGCCUGACUUGCAGACUGUGAGCAAGAUGGUUCUCAAUGACUGGCAGAGGGGCAGAAUCCCAUUCUUUGUGAAGCCACCGAAUGCAGAACCAGGUGAACCAGGUUCCCAGCCUCCUGCAUUGGAAGCAGCUGUGACCUCAAGCCAAGAUAAUACUGAGGAGAAAGUCUCUGAGUCGAUGGCAUCAGGUGUGGAGCCAGAAGAGAGGAACAACCCAGACACUGAAAUCAGGCAGCUCAUGUCCCACGUUCGGCAGAACUUCGGCAGGAUUAAUGUGGCACCUCAGUUCUCGGAAGAAGACCUGGUUCCUGUGGAUGUGCCAGGCUUUGAUGAGACAGACAGUGAUUCCUGUGGAGAGGAAGAGCAGGAGGAGGAGAAGGAGGAGAAUGAGCAACAGCAGGAUGCAGGAGAGGAGGAAUCGCAGGUGGCUGCACCGGGUGCCAGGGAGAGUUCUAAAGCAGUUCUUAAGGCUCUGGAGGACAAGAUUGCAAAAUACAAAAAAUUCCUGGAUAAAGCCAAAGCCAAGAGGUUCUCAGCAAUAAGAAUCCCUAAGGGACUGAGUGACAAAGUGUUUGCAAAAUCCAUGCAGAAGGCUGAAGAAUCCAAAGAAACUGAAGACAGAGGCAGCACGGAGAAGAAAAGAAAGAGGAAAGCAGAAGAGGGAGGUGAUGAUGAUGAUGACCAGUUGGGUAAACAGCCUUGCAAGAAACUCACAUCCAAAGAAAGGAGACGAGCCGAGAGGCAGCAGCGCUCCAAGAAAGUUGGAGUCCGGUAUUAUGAAACUCACAACGUGAAAAAUAAGAAUAAAAACAAGAAAAAAACUGGCUUGGAGGAACAAAGAUCAAAGCACAAAAAAUACAAACAUAAGCAAUAGCUGCUUAUUCUAUUAAAUUUUACAUAAAACA